GCAACUGGCCCACAUUUAUAAUUGAAAGCUGCUCCAUUCCAGUAAUGGAUCCCUGGGACUUGCGUCUUUUUCAAUUGAGUAAUAUCAUAGGGUUUACUCCAUUCCGUGUGAACAAAAGCACCCGACUUCUUCAGAAAGUGAGAUGGAAAUCUGUUCAAGGCCUGUAUUUCCUUCUGGUGGCGGCAAUUUCUCUUGCGUUCCUUAUUUACUAUUGCGGGUCGUUUUAUCUCCUUAUGACGAGAAAAGGAGUGGCUUUUUCUAUGAGGACGUCAUCAUGGAUUGGUGCUACUGCCAUCAUCUGUGCCGUGCAAUGGACCCUCAUCAUGCGGCAUGAAAAGAUAGUGACCCAUUUGAAUGAGGCUUACCUACUUUUAGGACAAAAGAGCGAAGCCAGUUUAAAAUGGCAAAGGGACAAGAAAACAUAUUUCAUCUUCGGGUUUCUUAUCUUUGGAGUUGUACCGAUGGUGAGCAUUUCUGGUCACAUUAUCCUGGCCCCAGGAGAUAUCUACAUGCACAAUCUACUUGAAGCCUACACACAAGGUUUUGAUCCAAUUUGGAGGAUCGUCUCAAAUGUGAUCCAUUGCUAUGCGACCGUUAUUUGUACCUUCGGAACAUUCUUCUGCGACAGCCUGCUCGUAUUUUUUGCCCUUGGUUACUUCAGACAUUUCGAGGAAAUCAAUGAAAAUCUAAUGCCAGUAAAGGGUGCGACUGUCCAUACACCGGCAAGCCGAUUGGGAGGUCAAAAUAUUAUUGCUGUUGAGCUUCUUACCGAUGCCAGUGAAAAAAGUCCGGAGGAAUCAGAACUACCAUGGACUUGGACAUACCUGAGGACAAAUCUGCGACGUCAUUUGAGACUGCAACAUAGCCUUGAUUCAAUGAACUACAAAUUUGACGUCAUCAUUCUUGCCUUUCCGCUCCAAAUCUUCCUUAUGGUCUUGGCCAUUUUUUUCAGCAUUGCUCGAGAUGAAUUGUCCGAUCAACUUGAGAUUAUGAUCUAUUGUAGCCUGGGAGUCCAAUUUCUUGUCCGAUCCUUCAUUGGAAUAUACAACUUCGGAAAAGUGCAUGAUUCCGGUUCCGAUGCCAAAUAUAUUUUGAUCCGAGACCUCCAAAUUCAGAACCACCACCAUCUUUUGGAACCAGGAAUGAUCUUUGAAAUCGAGUCAUUCCUUGCCACGGGGGAUGAUGUAGCCUUCAAAGCGGGAUCUUACUUGGCCUUUAAAAAAAGCUCUCUCAUAUCCUACUAUGGUGCACUGGCAUCUUACAUGGCUCUAAUGGUCCAAUCAUUCUGAUUCUUUUGACUUAAUAUUGGGCAUGGAGGAUGAAAUGUAAUUUCUUUUUUUUUUCUUUGAUACUUGUAUAUCCUGGCGGAAAGGCCCACACCAAACACACUCUUUUGCAAGGCAUUUCUUAAUACUUAAUUGGAACAAAAUGUCAAAUAUGUUGUGAAAACUUUCCACCUUCUACGUCGUGAAAAAAUAUUCUAUUUUCCGUCUAACCCCUUUGCUCUGUAAAUGUGCUCCGCAAAGUUCAUUUUUGCUCAUGUGGCUGUAUUUGCUUUCUAUUGCCUUAUUUCAAGAAAUCGGUGUGUCCAACUUGAGAUUAAGAUACGUGAGACUAUUUUUUGGCACUGCUCGCCUCCGGGGACUCAAUAUCUCCGCAGGUUUUCAUUAACUUCAUUCUUUUGUACAAAUAAACGUCACCUCAGACCCAUCAAAAGACUCCAUUCCGAAAAGUCACGAUUAACUCAGGAAAAGAUAUUUUGGGAAUCAUUCUAGUGUCUUACAGCUACAACUGCCAUUUGAAUCAGCU